AUGAUUUUGACUCCUGUAUCAAAUUAUUUUGAAAGAGCAAAUUACAGACCUUCUAGUCCUCAUAAAUAUUCUAAUUUAUGUGAAGAGAAACUUGGUAUAAAGGAUUCAUUAAGAAAUGUAACAAUUUUAUUAUUAAUUUCCAAUUUUAUAUUUUUAAUUGGAAUGUGUUUCCUUUGUUUUUUUAAUUUUAUUGUUCAAACAGUUUUAAUUUCUGUAGAAUGUUGGUGUAUUUAUAUGAUAUUUUAUAAAAAAAUAAAUCCAACAAUAAUGAAAUUUUUUAUUUUUGAACAGCUUACUAAUAAUGUAUAUGCAAUUUUUAGUAUUAUUAUAAUUAUUGCUGUUAAAACUAAUUUUGGUUAUGAUUUUUUUAAUUAUCAUAACAAAGAAAUUAUAUUUACAACUUCUGAUAAACUUAUUAUAAUAUCUAGUGUUAUUAUAAUAUGUUGUAAAAUAUUUUUAACGAAUUUUUAUAAAAAUAUUUACAAGCUUCUUGUUUGGCAUCAAGAACAUGUAAAUAAAAUGAUUGAAAUACAUAAAAAUUCUGUUACUCAAGGAAAUAAUAAUCAUUUAAAUUCACCACCAAAACAUUUAGUUAUUCCUGAAGUGAAAAAAGGUACCAAAAGUGAGAGAUUAUCACCAAUACAAGAAUGUAGUGAUAAAUUGGAAGAAAUGUCAGUAUCACAAAAAUCAUCAUUAAGAAAAUUAUCAAAAGUUAGUCCUAAAUUGUCAUUACAAGUAACUCCAACAUCAUUUAAAGAUUAUUCAAGUCCAGCGACACCAUAUGACAUUAAUUAUUCAUCUGAUUUUUAUUUGGUACCAUUAAAUACUCCAUUUAAUUUUGAUGUCAAAUUAUCAUUAUUUGAUGAAGAAGAAAAACAGAAUGAUGAAGAAAAAGAAAACAAAAUUGAUAUUGAAAAAAAUAGUGAAGAAAGGAAAAAAAGUGAUGUUUUGCGAAGAUAUUUUAUAUCAUUGAGUGAUGUUAGCACAGUAGAUAAUAACAAUUAUUAUAUUGAUAAAUUCAAUAACUCGUUACAACAAAAUGAUCUAAAAUGGAUGUAA